GUGCAGCCCAGAGCAGCCAAAGGGAGCGGGGAGCAGGACUCCCCUCAACCUAGCGUAGCCACGAAGCCGUGCUGCAGGCAGGGGAUCUGGGGCUUUGGUGCGGACCCCACACACACAGGGGGACGGUGAGGGGUCAUCUGUGGGCCGAGGGUCGGGCCCUGGACUCUCAGAGCUGCAGGACCGUCUCACUGGAGAAGAUUUCCAGCCCCUCUGGGCCACGGCGAGGCCUAAAUUUAGCCGGUAGACAAGGGGCUGGCCCUACGCCCGGGCGGCCGGGCCUUAUAAAGCGCCAGCAGCCGGGCCCAGCACACUCCCCCGGAGCCCGCUGCCCACACCCCUGUGUCCACCCUGCCGCCUGGCCGGGGCCGGCUGCCCGCUGUGGAUGAGCCACCGGACCUCCUCCAGCUUCAGAGCCGAGAGAAGCUUCCACUCCUCCUCUUCCUCCUCCUCGGCCUCGGCCUCCUCAGCCGCCCGAGCCCUCCCAGCCCAGGACCCGCCCAUGGAGAAGGCCUUGAGCAUGUUUUCCGAGGACUUUGGCAGCUUCAUGCGGCCCCGCUCCGAGCCCCUGACCUUCCCAGCCCUCCCCACAGCCCGCACUGGGGGGCCGGGCAACAUCAAGACACUCGGCGAUGCCUAUGAGUUUGCAGUGGACGUGAGCGACUUCUCCCCUGAGGACAUCAUCGUCACCACAUCCAACAACCACAUCGAGGUGCGCGCUGAGAAGCUGGCAGCGGACGGCACGGUCAUGAACACCUUCGCUCACAAAUGCCAGCUGCCCGAGGACGUGGACCCCACUUCCGUGACCUCGGCCCUGAGGGAGGACGGCAGCCUCACCAUCCGGGCGCGGCGACACCCGCACACGGAGCAUGUCCAGCAAAAAAACCCUCAUAACAGCUGCCAGGACAUCUCAGCCCGGGUCCCACCCCCAAGACCCCAGGUGGGUCACCCCCACCCCAAAACGGAGGCCUUCUGCUCUGCCCAGGACAGGACAGGGGCCCCCUUGCCUUCCAGAUGUGGCCUCUCACUUAGUGCAGAACACAGGGAUCGGGGUGGGGAAGGGAGAUCCAGAGAGCCCACGUGGGAAGGAAGCUGCGGAGAGGCAGGGUCUCUGGGCAAAUAAUCUGCAGGACAGACGGACAGUAGCUCCGCUGCCCUACGGAGGCUCUGCCAGGCAGGGGCGGGGAAGGGCACUGGGGCCCCCUUGGCAAGAGGAGCAGGAGAGGCAGGUCCCCGGGGGCACAGGGAGGCCAGGAGACAGCCAUGAUGGAAACCUCCCCUUUCCACUCUCUAAGCCCCAAACCAGCUGCCUGCCCACCUGGAGCGCCCAGCCAGCCAGCUGUGCCAGGGCAGGGCCACGUGGCAUUUGUAUACAGAUGGGGUUUUUCCAAUACAGCUGGUUCGUGACAAACGGUGUGAAACUCCUGCCAUCUGUUACCUGCUCAUGUCCCCAGGCCAGGCCAGGCCAGGCCAGACCAGGGGUGCGGCUGGUCCCCCCCUGCCCUCAGGCCGCGGCUCCUGGGGCUGCCUCCAUGCAGAGGGAUCACCGAACCCAUGUGGGAGAGAGACCGUGGGUGGGGCUUUGGGUCUCAAGGUCAGACCAGUGUCUGGCCAACCUUCGCCACGGCCAGUCCUUCCCCCUCUUCGAUCUAUGAAUCUAUAGGUUUGGCGUGUGUAUACGCUCGGGGACACACACCUGCUGUCCCUCGAAUCCUAAGCAUUACCAUUGGUUGAGUCCAGAUUCAGAACACUCUAAAGUCAGAUCCAAUCUCCAUAUUCACCAGGGGGAAGCUGAGUCUCUGAGCAGGUGGCUGCCCAACCUGCUCACGAACAUAAAUCCAGGAAAUCUGAGGCUCCUCUCAAAGCGCCCCCCUCUGGGUACCGGGAAGUAGUUCCCCCUCUGCCUCUGUCCCCACAUCUUUCUGCUGGAGAAAGCCCCCAGCCAGUUCCCUCCUGCUCCCCAGGCCAGGGAAGGGCUCAGGAAGCCUUCAUCUUGGGGAGCCUCAGCUGCCCGCUGUGAUCCUGGCUCUGUUUCCACAUACAAAACCAGGGGUAAGGGGAGGGUGCGUCACAGGGUAGGUGGCCUCUCGCCUGCCAUUCUGGGGUCCUUAGGGGACAGUUCGGGGGGGGGGAGAAGGGCAUGGGAGGGUCCUGGCAUUGUACCCUGCGCACACAAUAAACGACAGAAUCCCAGACUUCUGGAGAC